CACACAUAGUGACAUAGAUCAGGAAGUGUUCUGUCACUCCGCCGCUGAUUGUGCAGUCUGCUGCUGCUGCUGCUGCUGUCUGCCUUUGUUUGCUCCACUGCCACAUCGCCGGUGUGACCGCUAUCUAACGCGCCUCUCCUGGACAAACACAUGGACACAGACACAUUUGGGCAGCAUGGGCUCCAGACUGAAACAAAACCCUGAGCGAACCUUCUACUGGUUCUUUGAAGCAACUUGCCCCGUAGCCAGAGACAAAGAUCCUGGUGUACAGUUUCAGUUCCCAGAUGACUUCAGUGAUGAGGAGUCUCGUCAAACAUUACCCAGGUUCUGCUUCCCGUAUGACAUCCAAAGAGUGAGGGAUGGAGUGGCCGUGCAGCACUUUACUUUUGUUUUGACUGACCUUGAGGGAUGCCAGCGGUUUGGCUUCUGUCGUCUCACCAACAGCACACACACCUGUCUUUGCAUACUCAGUUAUCUUCCAUGGUUUGAAGUGUUUUACAAACUUCUCAACAACUUGGCUGAUUACCUCUCAAAAGGACAGACCAAUGAGAUGAAAGUGCUGCUGGCUGCACUCUACAAGCAGUCCAUACCACUGACAGCUGGAUCUGUCACUCUGCAGAUGGGAGAGCAGCUAUUGGUCAGCACAGAGGUGUCCCAUCCUGUUGGACACCCAGAGGGACAAGAGGGGGUUCCCUACUUCAUCGCUCCAGACCCCAGAAGUCUCCCUUCCAUCCCUGAAAACAGGAACCUGACAGAGCUGAUUGUGGCAGUCGAUGUGGGGAACCUGCUCCAGCUCUACGCCAGCAUGCUGUUUGAGAGACGCGUCCUCAUCUUUGCCAGCAAACUCAGCACUCUGACGUCUUGCGUGCAUGCACUCAGUGCUGUGUUAUACCCCAUGUACUGGCAACACAUCUUCAUCCCUGUGCUGCCACCCCACCUACUGGACUAUUGCUGUGCACCUAUGCCUUACUUAAUAGGGGUCCACACCAGUCUAUCUGAGAGGGUGAGGAGUCGUGGGUUGGAGGAAGUUGUCAUUCUGAAUGUGGAUACAAAUACUCUGGAAACCCCCUUUGAAGACCUCAAGAGGAUACCAUCAGAUGUGAUGGCCGGGCUGAAGGUGUGUCUGAAGCGUCAGGCGGUGUCUCCUGGCUGUGGCGUCUCCAAGGCCUUCCUGAAAGCUCAGGCUCAGCUGUUUGGAGGCUACAGGGACGCACUGCAGUGUCACGAGGACGGUGAAAUGUGGUUCAGUGAGGAGCUGUUUCUAGAUCACAAGUCUUCCACUAUGAGGCAGUUCCUGCAGAGUGCCAUUCACUUACAGUUCUUCAAACAGUUCAUUGAUGGUCGGCUGGAUAUUCUGAACAAAGGGAAGGAACCAGACGACCUCUUUGAGGAGGAGAUCCUAAAGGUUGAAACAGCUGCAGGGAGAAGCAAAUCUUAUCAGCAGUUAGUUGGUAAUUUAAAGAAGGGGGGAGGAGCGCUCAUCCUUAACAUGAAGUCCAAAGCAAACAUAAAGGCAAAAGGUCUCGCUAAGUCUGGUUUGAGGAACCUGCUGAUACAUAAGGCCCACAAUGAAGAACACACCCUUCACAGAGGAGGAUCGGUGUCACACCGCCGUGCCCAGACUGACUGCUUGCAGAGCCGCCUGCCAAUCACACAGCACUUUGGGAAGUCACGUCCCCGUCGGCCUGUUCAAAAACAUAGGGUUCCCAGAGAUGAGGAGGACAUGAAGGACACUGGAGAUACAUGGGACGGAGCUGCGUCUGGGCCUGCGGUCAAGCCUGACUCUGAGCUCCAGAGGGAUGAAGAAGAGGGGGAAGAUUCACUGCUUUGUGAUCCGGAGGAGAUGGAUCUGCUUGGCGAGAUCUUCGACACACUCAGCUCACGGAGCUCCCACGAACGCGGCCUGCUGUACGGCACACGCAGCCUGGAUCUGUUCGGACCGGACAGUCAUGACUAUAUUACGAAGUGCGGUUUUCCAGCCAACCCCAGCCAGGAGAGCCUGUCUCUGUCCAUCAGCGGCAGUGGGAGCCUGCACAGCUGGAAUCUGGAAACCACAGAGGAGCUGUCAGACGUGAUGGAAGACUCUGAUUGGCUGUGCCUGGACGCCGGCGUACCAGAGGAGGAGGAGACGGAGAGUCUGCCCGCAGUGUGUGAAACGGGGGAGCAAGAAAGCAGAUCGUGGGAGGUCAGAGAGAAACAGGAUGAAGUGAAGGUAGCAAUAAAUGGGAACCGAGAAGAUGAAAUAGACAACAGAAAUAACUUUGAGGAAGUGAAGGCAAAGGAAGAGAGAAAGAAAGAUAAUCAAGAAAAGAGAGUGAGUUUAGGAGAGGAACCUGUGAAAGAAACGGCUGAGAAGCGAGAGGAUGAUGAUGAGUUGAAAGAAAAGAGGGAAGAUGUGGGGGUAGUUGAGGGACAAGAGACGGGAAAACAAACUAAUGAAAUGCUGAAAGGUGUAACAAGAGAAGAGGGGGGAAGAGAGAACGAGGAGGAGAAAGGUAAAGAGGCGACAGGAUCUUUAAACAAACUGACAAAACCGGAUCUCCAUCGUGCCAGCACUGUGGAGGAGCAGCAAGGACAGGAGGACAGUCUGAAAGCCACGGCUUGUCCUGGGCCUCAAAGUCUCAUUGUUGACACCGAACCUCCAGCAGGCCAGGGAGAAACGAGUGAAGAGGCAGGAAAGAAAGAGGAGCGGGAGGUGAGACAGCCCACCUCUCCUCCUAAAGUGAGGUCUGUUGCAGCACGCUUCCAGUCUCAGGCACAUAGCCAGGGCCUUCAGCUGAAGCCCAGGGCCAAGGAGCUGGCUCAACCCAGGGGACUUUAUGACAUACUUCAGAACAGGGAGAAUGCACAAACUCACCCGCCAUGUGACUCACACACAUCAAAGGAGAACCACUGCUCAGAGGGGCCCGAGGACGAAGACCCACCUUUAAUUAAAGUGUCUGAACUGAAGAAGAGAUUUGAAGCUUAAAGGGUGAGGCAGGUGACAGUUUUCCUUAAUGUCGACAAAUGAGAAGACCAGCGAAGUGACAGAAAUGAGCGAGUCUGUCUUCUGCCUCUCUUUGACUCUGAGCCCAAUUGUUGCUACUAAAGAUCUUUGAAGAUGGAGUAAAUAAUGCAUUUGUUUGGGACCAUUUUAAACCACAGAGUUAGUGAGUCAUAAUAAACUAUAUUGUGUGUGUUGAUUGUAAAGAUGGAACAUGUCACUCAGUGACACAGUGUGUCUCACUGGUGUGUUUUUAAUAAAUAAUAACUUUUUGGGAAA